CUUGGGCCCUUUCUCCAGCCAUGCCCGGCAAGGCUGUGCUGCGAGUACUGUACUACCCAGCCCACUCAUACUGUCAGUGUCAAUGGAGUGGACAACGAAGCCACAGCCCGCCUUAUGGUUGCCGUGGGGUACAAUACUAUAUCUUUCCCCUCCCCUGCCUCCUCUGGUGGCUCUUGCUCAUCCUCAGACAAUCCAUCAGAGCGUCCCACCUACCUCACUCCUCUUCCUUAGUUAGAGAGCCUGGACCUGAACCCUCUGACGAAGCAUCUCCUAUACCUUGCUCGGCAUCACUGUCAACAUGAAGUCCUUCGCUUUGGCUGCGGCUUUGUUCGCCUCUUCGUCUUUUGCAUGGCUCCCAUCCUGCGCAUGGUCUGAUUGUAUGGGCAGCUGGGAUGGCACAAGCUGCGACUCAAGCAGCGGCUGGAGUUGUCUUUGCUCGAACCAAACCGCCAUCUCCCAGAUGAACACCUGCGUCGCUACUUCCUGCACAAACCAAACAGAUCAAGAAGCUAUCUACGGUGCCGUCGCACAACUUUGCGCCAAUGCUGGUGUAACCGUCACCAACUCGCAACAGGCUACCUUCAGUGCUACCUCUGGUGGUUCUGCUUGGCCAUCUCAGAUCACCGCAGGGCCAGGCUUUGGCCCUGGUGGCGGCUGGAACUCCGGUCAGUGGUCAAGCUGGAUCUCUGCUUGCUCAACCGGUCUGCCGUCUGCACCUAGCGGCUGGAACGGCCAAGGCGGAUGGGGUGGUCCUGGUGCGUGGGGAGGUCAUGGUGGCCCCGGAGGAGGUCCAUUUGGCGGCCCAUGGGGCACCAAGGCCAGCGGAAUCAACUGCGACUCGUGGACCACCUGGACUGCUGGUUGGGGUCCUUUCUCCUCGUGGACCGGUACCUGGUCUGGCUGCAGCAGUACUACUGCUUCGCCCAUCCCAGCUACUAUCACCACCACUGUCACUACUGGCGGCUCUACUCAAGUCAUCACCGGCACCACCUUUGGUAUCCAGGCUGUUGCAGCUGCGACGACCACUGGCAGCUCGGAUAACGGCGCUGCCUCUUCCCUCCGCGGUCUCGGCGCUUGCGGUGCGCUCGUUGCCGCCAUUUUCGUCACCAUGAUUGCUUUGUAAACUAACUACUGUUUUGAAAGUGGAUUGCAUUUGGUGACUACGAUGUUGGGAGCCUUUUGAUACCUUGCAUAAAUUUGGAUUGGCGCAUUCAGCUAUGGGCAAACUCAGGCCUUGAGUAUGAUGAAAACUGCAUUCAUGAUGACUUGUAUUGAUAUUGGGGACGGCAUGGACUUGAUACAAUGACCCUGACUACGAUCCAGUCAAUCAAUGAAUAAGGAGAUUCACUUAAUCUCUAUUUGUUUUCUAUGUUUCCCUUGCAAGAUUAUUUCGUAGCCUCCUAAUGGAAUAUAUUAUGG